AUGGGAAUGAAAUUUGUCGAAUAUUUUAUCAACGUUAUGUUUUUGUGUCAAAGUGCAUGCAUCGAAAUUGCAGAAUUACCGUCCGUAGCACGCUACAAAGCCCGUGUAUCAUACUUACCGAUUUCGGAUGAAAAACUGAAACGAGCCACCAGAUUGAGGCAUAUUGUUGCUCGAAAGCUGUUUGGUGAGGAUCAUUUCAAGUACGAUGAAAUCAGUAAUAUUGGUGAAGAGUUCAAGAGUGGAGUAAAGGCUGAUGAUAUGAGCGAAGCAUUUCGUGAUGCUGACCUUCUUGAGAAUCGGCGGGUACGAAUUAAUUUAAUUGGUCAAAUGUGGAAAACGAUUUCCCUGAAUUGA